AUCUGCCCUCACCACAACAUCCCAUUUCAAUUCACGUCGAUUGUCCGACCGCCAUUUUCUCUGAACACCAUCACCAUCAUCACCUUCACUAUUUUCGCGUAUACAUACCACUUAUAAUACACCUUCCAAGAAAAAUUGUUCGUAAUAUAUCACAGCUAGAUCACUGAUCCCUAACAUGUCCUUCUCGCACAUUGCCCUGACCGUUUCUCAUCUUCCCAGUGCGGCAUCAUUCUACGCGGCUGCUCUGCAACCGCUUGGCUAUCGGUAUAUUGGACAGGACGGCGAUGCACUAGGAUUUGGGGUGGACUCUGCCGACUUUUUCAUUACCCAGGUUUCCCGAGGAUCACGGGUCUCGCCCACGCACGUUGCAUUCAAGGCAGAGAAUCAACAGAUCGUCCGUCAAUGCUAUUCAGCCGCAAUACGAGCACGGGGUUUGCCUGGUGCGGAGCCAAAUUAUCGUCACAGUACAUGUUCCUGUUACAAUGCAGCCGUAGAGGAUCUCGACGGCCAUAAGAUCGAAUUCAUUUUCCGGCAACCGCACGGAGAACACUUUGCGAGCGAUCACAGAUGUGAUGAUGCUGUGGCCACUUCUGAGGAUGCAAAGCCCGUAAAGGAGGAUGCAUGGGAAGAAGAACCCGAGCAAUCGUCGAGCGACUCGUCGACCGCCCGCGGCAUGAACGGCAAGAACAUGCUGGGGCUCGGCGUUGCAGCCGUGGCCGGCGCAGCUCUGGUGUACUCUAUGGUCGCCACCGAGAGGAAGAAUGCCAGAGACGAAGCCGAUUACCUCGCGUCACGGAAGUCGAGCACGAGCAUGCGGAGGGCGCCUCCAGUCAUGGUGGAAACACUACCUGCAGCACCGCCCAUGCGAGAACUGCCCGAACCUAAGCCCAGACACCGUCGGAAUUUCAGCACAACUGAAUCAAAUUACAGUGCGGUCAGAUCGCAGCAUGUACUGGCUCUGGAAGAGGAGCCUUUUGAGAGACCAGACAAUCUGAUCGACCUCUACAGCGCUCGACGUGCGCCCAUCCGUCGCGUCAAGCAGGAGUAUGUCUAUAUGCCCCCACCGAGCACCGACGAUGUGUCCAGCUACACGGUUCACCGCGCGCAGACGCUCCCCCUGGAGGACACUGCACCUCGAUAUCUUCUCGAAGCUCCACGCAGCAGCGUGUCAUCUCAAAAGUCAUCCAGGCACGCUGAAUCCAGACACGCCGAAUCCAGGCACGCCGAAUCUAGGCACGCCGAAUCAACUCCCCGAAGUCAUGCACCGUCGAUGCACAGCUCUCGCCGUUCCCAUCAUUCCAGCAACAGCAGUACUCGCGACGGCAGGAAACUGUCACGCCAUGACAGCGGGAUCGAGAUCCCCGACGCUUCGCGUGAGGAACAACGCGAAGCUAAAGUCGAAAAAGCCCGCGAUCACGUGAAGAGUUCUUCCGCAGCCGGUAGCGUACGUUCUGCUCGUCGGGAGCCGAGUGUCCAUUCUGCAGCGAAAGCGAGCACACAUGUAGACACCACUUCCUACUGGCCAGCAGGCGUGCCUCUCCCACCAUCCGUGUCGGGAUAUUCCGUCGCCAGCAAGAGCUCGCGUAGAUCCGCGCGCCUCCGCCCAGCUUCGUACUACGAGUCUGCUGUUGAGGUUCCCCUCCCAGGUUCCACAACAAGUCGAUCGAACUACACAGCCAGCAAAGCCUGCGCCAUUCCACUCCCUGAGUCGCGAACCGGUGUCGAGGAUUGGGAAGACGAGGCCGGCUCGGGCUACGACAACGACGACAACAUCACUGUCGCUGAGCUCGCUCCCCACGACAGUAUCUCCUGCGUCGGUCUACCAAGACAGGAGCCGCGGCGCCGCCGCCGCCACUCGCAUCGCCCCUCGCACAAGGAAGACGGCGAGUCUGCAACAUCAAGAUACCAAGAUGCCCCGAGUAGACAUUCGCAUCGUCGCGAGCGCGAAGAGCUCGAAGUGGUCGAGGAGAGCGGUGAUGACCAUAGCCCCCGAUUUGUCCCUUUGCUCCGGAAAAUUGGAGUUACGGGUGGCAGCCGUGCUGGGAGUGUGACCCGGCAUAGUGUGAUGACGUUGCCGGUGCGCACGCGAACUCCGGUCUCGAUGGUGAGGCGGGUUGCGCAUAGCCAUACUCGAUGAGGUGAUUCUGAAUCUGAUAGGUGUUCGCUUGGUCGAGUCGUAGUGCCCUUGGGUAUAGCUAGCAUGCAUGCAUGAGUAAAUCUGUAUUGACAGCAAAUUUAAUGAUUCAAACGUCGGAGGCGA